AUGUUGGAGCUUCAGUUUGCGGUGCUGCUCACUCUGCAGGUGUUUACCUGUGCUCAGGAGGGUGGGGUGUCAGUGGGUGGGGCCCAAGAUGACGUCAGCCUCCCAGAGCUCAGUGACGUGUGCACAGAGGGCAGCUGUUACCCGGCAACAGGAGACCUUCUGAUUGGCCGAGCCCAUCAACUGUCAUCUACUUCUACCUGUGGACUGAAGCUACCUGAACCAUUCUGCAUCGUCAGCCACCUCCAGGAGGAGAAGAAGUGUUUCAUGUGUGACUCAACAGUGCCAUAUGAGGAGCGUUCAGAUCAGACGAGUGGUCAUCGUAUCGAGAAUGUUGUCACCACAUUUGCUCCAAACAGACUGAAGACCUGGUGGCAGUCUGAGAACGGUUUUGAAAAUGUUACCAUCCAGCUAAACCUGGAGGCAGAGUUUCACUUCACACAUCUUAUCAUGACCUUCAAGACGUUUCGACCUGCUGCUAUGGUGAUUGAGCGAUCAGCUGAUUUCGGGAAGAACUGGCAGGUUUAUCGUUACUUCGCCUACGACUGCGAGACCUCUUUCCCGUCUGUUUCCCAGGGUCCAAUGCACAAAGUCGACGAUGUCAUCUGUGACUCACGUUACUCUGAUAUCGAGCCAUCCACUGAAGGAGAGGUGAUUUUCAGAGUUCUGGACCCAGCAUUCAAGAUUGAUGAUCCCUACAGUCCCAGAAUCCAGAACAUGUUGAAAAUCACCAACCUGCGGGUGAAGUUCACCAAACUUCAUACACUCGGAGACAACCUGCUGGACUCUCGUAUGGAGAUCAAAGAGAAGUAUUACUAUGCCAUCUACGACAUGGUGGUCCGAGGAAACUGCUUCUGCUAUGGACACGCCUCUGAGUGCGCCCCCGUCCAGGGAACCGGGCUGACCAGAGAGGGCAUGGUUCACGGUCACUGCAUGUGUAACCACAACACUAAAGGUCUGAACUGUGAACAGUGUCAGGACUUCUACCAUGACCUGCCGUGGAGACCAGCCGAGGGACGCAACACCAAUGCCUGCAAGAAAUGCAACUGUAACCAGCACUCAGACUCGUGUCACUUCGACAUAGCCGUGUUCAUGGCUUCAGGAAACGUCAGCGGAGGAGUUUGUGACGACUGUCGUCAUAACAGCGCCGGACACAACUGUGAACAGUGUAAACCAUUUUACUACCAACAUCCAGAGAAAGAUGUCAGAGAUCCCAACAUCUGCCAACCCUGUAACUGUGACCCACUGGGCUCUCUGAACGGAGGAAUCUGUGACGGUCUGACGGAUGUUCGAGCCGGUCUGAUUGCUGGUCAGUGUCGCUGUAAAGUCAACGUGGAGGGAGAACGCUGCGAGCGCUGCAAAGAGGCACACUACGGGCUGAGUGACACGCCCGAAGGCUGCAGGGCCUGUACCUGCAGUCCUGUGGGAACACUUCCUGGAGGAAAUCCAUGCGACAGUGAAACAGGAAGUUGUUUCUGUAAACGUCUGGUGACUGGAAGAGACUGUGAUCAGUGUGUGCCAGAGCACUGGGGUCUCAGUAACGACAUGGACGGCUGUAGACCAUGUGACUGUGACCUGGGAGGAGCCUUAAACAACCAGUGUGAUCAGGUGAGCGGUCAGUGCGUAUGCAGAGAUCACAUGUUCAGUCGUCGCUGUGACCAGGUUGAGUCUGGAUUCUACUUUAUCGCUCUGGAUCAUUACACGUAUGAAGCCGAGGAGGCCAAGUUUGGACCUGGAGUGACCGUAGUCCCGAGGCCCCACCCUCUGGACCGCAGCCCCACCUGGACAGGUAUCGGUCUGGUCAGCGUCCCAGAGGGGGCGUUUCUCGAGUUCACUGUGGACAACAUCCCCCACUCUAUGGAGUAUAACAUCCUCAUCCGCUACGAGCCUCAGCUGCCUGACCAAUGGGAGGAGGUUCUGAUGACACUGAUGAGGCCUGGACCAAUCAGAGCAGACAGUCGUUGUGUCAACACUGUGCCGGACGAUGACAACCAGAUGAUCUCACUUCAUCCUGGCUCACGGUACGUGGUCCUUCCCAGAGCGGUUUGUUUUGAAUCUGGUCUUAACUACACAGUUCGCCUCAGUCUGCCGCUCUACUCGCCUCUCAGUGACGUCCAGUCUCCAUACACACUCAUUGACUCGAUUGUGUUGAUGCCUCACUGUAAGAAUCUGGAGAUCUUCACAGCCUCAGAGGGAGGAGACUCCAGCGGGAACAGCGGCUGGGACACUUUUCAGCGUUAUCGUUGUUUGGAAAACAGUCAGAGUGUCAUCAAAUCUCAGAUGACCGACAUCUGCAGAAACUUUAUCUUCAGCAUCUCUGCCAUGUUGCACCAGGGAGCUAAAGAAUGCCAGUGUGACCCUCAAGGCUCCCUCAGCACAGUGUGUGACCCCAGCGGCGGUCAGUGUCAGUGUCGCCCAAAUGUUGUCGGCAGGAGCUGCGACAGGUGCGCUCCAGCAACAUUCCAUUUUGGACCCAACGGCUGCAGAGCGUGUGCUUGCGACCCUCAGGGUUCACACAGUUCAUUUUGCGAUCAGCUGACCGGUCAGUGUGUGUGCGUAUCUGGAGCAUAUGGCCGGCAGUGUGACCGUUGUCUGCCCGGUCACUGGGGCUUCCCUACCUGCCGACCUUGCACUUGUAACGGACACACUGACGAGUGCGACCCCAAUACCGGACGAUGCAUUAACUGCCGGGACCACAGCACUGGACACACCUGUGAUAGGUGUCUGGACGGUUACUAUGGUGAUCCAGUGCUUGGGUCAGGUGACCACUGUCGUCCCUGUAUGUGUCCUGACGGCCCUGGCAGCCUGCGGCAGUUCGCAGCGAGUUGUUACCGUGGUGACGACUCCCAGCAAGCCAUCUGCGUCUGCAACACUGGAUACAAAGGUGCUCGCUGUGAUGAGUGCUCACCUGGUUACCAUGGAAACCCCGGGGAAGUGGGUGGGACAUGUCAGCCCUGUCAGUGCAAUAACAACAUCGACAUGUUGGACCCGGAGUCCUGUGACAGCCGAACUGGCGAAUGUCUGCGCUGUCUUUAUCACAGCGAGGGUGCCGCUUGCCAGAGCUGCAAGCUGGGUUAUUACGGCAACGCCAUGCUGCAAGACUGCAGGAAGUGUGUUUGUAACCAGCUCGGCAGCGAUCCCUCCAGCUGUCCAUCAUCUGGCGACUGUCACUGCGAUGGCAGCAGUGGUCAGUGUCACUGCCUUCCCAAUGUAGUUGGUCAACACUGCGACCGCUGUGCGCCCGACACUUGGAACAUGGCGAGUGGUCGCGGCUGUCAGACCUGUGACUGCGACCCCAAACACUCGUAUGGGACAUCCUGCAACGAGAUCAGUGGUCAGUGUUCCUGUCAGCCCGGCUUCGGAGGAAGAACAUGCAGCGAGUGUCGAGAGCUAUUCUGGGGAGACCCAGAGGUCAAAUGUCACGCAUGUGACUGUGACCCUCGCGGUACCUCCGAGCCGCAAUGUAAGAAAGCCAGCGGCCACUGCAUCUGCGUGGAUGGCGUUUCUGGUCCACACUGCGAUGUCUGUGCUCGCGGAUUCUCCGGGACCUUCCCUGACUGUAGCCACUGCCACCAGUGUUUUGCUGAGUGGGACCAGGUCAUCGGUCAGCUGACCAAUCAGACUCACCGUCUUGUCAACAAGGUCAAUGCCAUCAAAGCCAGCGGAGUCAGCGGACCAUACAGGAAUUCCAUGGACAGCAUGGAGAGGAGCAUCACCGACAUCCGGGCCGUCCUCAACCAGAACCCAGCCUCGCAACCACUGACCGAUAUCCAGGAGCUGCUGCAACAGGCCAGUGACCUGAUGGGGGCUCUGAGUCAGUCAUUGAACCACACUGAACAGACUCUGGUCCAGGUGGAAGACUUGGACUCGGCCGCUCAUACUAAACUAGACUCUGUGAAGUCGGAUGCUGAGAAACUGGAGCGUACGGUUCACGAGCUGCUGGAUCAUGUUGAGUUCAUCAAGAAUUCUGACAUCAGAGGGGCAACGGACAGCGUCACUAAGUACUUCCUGCAGUCUCAGGCAGCUGAAGUUCGAGUGAAUGCCUCCACCAUCGACCCCGACAGCCCUGUGGAAACCUCCCACAUUCUGCGGCAACUGACUGAGCACAAAAUGAAUGAAAGCAGAGAGGAGUUCCUGAGGAGACACAGUGAGCAUGCUCAGAGACUGGACGACCUGGCAGGAGAGCUGCAAACUCUGGACCUAUCAGACCUCAGCCACAAGACAUGUGGCAGUCCAUCUUUAGGUCAGGACUUGUGCUUGUCCUCUCCCUGUGGUGGUCUUGGCUGUGUGGACUCUGAGGGUCAGACCAGAUGUGGAGGUGAAGGAUGUGAUGGCGUGGUGACUGCAGCCAGCAACACCUGGAGGAAAGCCCGAGACUCUGAACAGGAAAUCAUGAGUGCCAUGGAGGAAGUGGAAAAACUCUCCAAGAUGGUUUUUGAAGCCAAACUGAAAGCAGACGAGGCAAAGCAGAGUGCUCAGGAUGUCCUGAUGAAGACCAACCAAACCAAACAGAAACUGGAGCAGAGCAACGAGGAGCUGAGAAGUCUCAUCAGACAGAUCAGAGACUUCCUCACACAGGACGCUGCCGACCUGGAGAGCAUCGAGCUAGUAGCUAAUGAGGUUCUGGCCAUGCAUAUGCCGACCACGCCUGCUCAGCUGCAGAACUUAACGGAGGAGAUCCGACAGAAGGUUGCUGAACUGGGAGGCGUGGAGACCAUCCUGCAGCAGAGUGCUGGUGACAUCAAGAGAGCCGAGAACCUUCUCUACCAGGCCCGCCAAGCUAGUAAGGAGGCGGCAGAUGUGAAGGAAUCUGCAGAGAAGGUGAAGCAAGCACUUAAAGAAGCUCAGCGAGCUCAGACCGCUGCCAGUAGCGCUAUCCAGCAGGCCACCACUGACAUCCGGAACACCAACAACUUGCUCUCCUCUGUGGAGUCAGAGACAGCAGAUACAGAGUUGAAGCUAAAUAACGCUACCCAGAGGCUGCAGCAGCUGGAGAAGGAUGUGAUGCUGCUGAGAGACAAAGCUGUUAACAUUACCCAGAGCACUGAACAGACUAAUCAGGAUGCAGUGAGCAUUGAAAAAAUUGCAGAGGAGGUCAAGAAGGACAUGGAGUCUGAGCUGAAGGAUAAGUACAGCACAGUGGAGCAGCUGAUUGAGCAAAAGGCAGGGGGCGUGGCAGAUGCAAAGAAGAGGGCGGAGUUACUUCAGCAGGAAGCCAAAGACUUGCUGCUGAAGGCCAGUGACAAACUGCAGCUCCUCAAAGAUCUGGAGAAGUCUUAUGAAGACAACCAACGAACUUUGGAGAUGAAGGUGGAGAAGCUGGUGGAGUUGGAAGCCGCCGUGAAGGUGCUGCUGCAAGAUAUCAGCCACAAGGUCACCAUCUACAGCACCUGUCUGUUCUAGGGUCAAACAUGAUAUUCAGAGAGUUGAAUUAAUCUGAAUUAAAGGAUGCUGACACAUUCCUCUAACGUAAUUCUGUGAUGUUAAAUUUGACGUGUUAAUCUUUUCUCGUCUGUCAGUCAUUAAAAACAAACUUCCCCUCUCUGACUUCAAACAACCUCAAACAGAAUAAAAUACCAAAAAGCAAAUUCGGGAAUGAGAUUCCUGUGUUUGAGUGAAACCAAAGAUUUAUUCUGUAAGUGACAGUACUUUAAAAAGCAGUAAUCUUCAUUUAUGUUUCAUGCACAAAUGUGUAGUAGGAUUUUUGUAGCGUUAGAUGUGGUGAGAGUAUUAUUCAACACGUCUUAGGGUUUAAAGUAAUUGGAAUUACCCCCAAGGAAAAAAGAUGUUAAAUGUGUGAUGAAUGAUACAAUCAAUAGAAAACUUAUGAAGUCCAAAUAAGUUUGACACAGCUGGAGCUCAUCAAGCUGAUGAAUUUACGGUGGAUCCACUUAACACGUUUGUGAAUUUAAUAACAUCCAAGUAACUGACUGUCCAUCAUGUCAUUUUCGUGUAAAAGUUUAAAGUUAUGAAUAUAUAAACCACGUGAAUGCUAUCGAGCCCUUAUUUUCAUUGUACUUUACCAAUACUUUGAACACAAAAGUGAUUUUUAAUAAAAACUUCCAGUCAAAGUCAA